GGGGUCUCACACGGGCGCCGGAGCGACAGCGGCGACAGCGUACAUGUCGCUGCUGGCAAGUUUGGAAAAAGUGGAGGCAGAGCUUCACAAAGUCAUUGAAGAAGUACGAUCUCAGGCAGCAGGGCUGAAUCAGCAAGCAGAGCCUGAGGAGGUGAUCAAGGAGGACCCAACUGCUGAGAGACAGGCAGAAGAUGAUGGCGGCUUUCGGGGAGAUCCUCCCGUGGUGAUGCAACAAGUACUGAAAGACAGGUCGCGGAAUGAUGACCCAGACUCACUGGAAGGCAUUCGUGCGAGACAGCAAGCGGCAGUCCUGCGCGACAACGAUACCGAUGAACGCUUGAAUUUGCAGUUGAGUCCACAUUUCAUGGAGCUCUCGAUGCGCUCAGGUGGUGCUUUGCACAGCAGUGGAGCACAUCAGGCUGUAGGGCAUCUGAGAUUCUCCAGUGCGGUACGCUCAAGCAGGGCAGACUUGAGUGAGGGGCUGCGGCAGCCUGAUUGUGGUGUGAUCGCUCCAUAUUCUAGGUUGCGAUUCAGUUGGGACCUGAUCGGCACCUGCCUCAUUAUUUUGGACGUGGUCAUUCUCCCCUUGACCUUAGCUUGGCAGAUCGACAAGAAACUCUUUCCUAUACAGAAGUCCUUUGAGGCGAUGCUGUUGCAGCUCCUGGCGUGGACCAAUGUGUUGUUCUGGCCACUGGAUGUGCUGUUGAACUUUAAUACAGGCUUUCACCAGAAAGGGCUUCUCAUCAUGAAGCGGAAACCAAUCGCAAAGAACUACGUGCACACAUGGUUGGCCUUUGACGUGACCGUCGUGCUGAUUGAUUGGACCCUAUCCAUCCUCAACACCUUCCUGGAGGAUGAGAAUCAAGGAUACCUUCAAACACUACGCUCUGCCCGCUACUUGCGGGCCUUUCGCAGCGUCCGUAUCUUACGCAUCAUCAAGUCCAGGAAGAUGAACAUCACACUGGAGAAUUGGGUCAUCGGACUCGGUCAGCAAAACCUUGUCCUGGCUUUCAAUGUCCUGCGGAUGUUGUUGUCAAUCUUGCUCACGGCGCAUCUCCUUGCGUGUACUUGGUUUGGAGUGGGAGUAGUUGUGUCGCAAACCGGCGAGAGCUGGAUUGAUGUUGCUGGCGUUGGUUCUUCAACAGGCCCAGUGCAGUACCUCCAUGCGUUGUCAUGGGUUGUUCAGCCACCAUCAGUUCCCGAACUGGGUGUCUUGAACACUGACAGCCUGCUGGAAAGGAUUGCCUCUUGGUCGCAGGAUUGCCCAGUGGUGGUGACAGUGCUGGUCAUUGGCUCCGCCUUGUCGCUUUUGACGGGCACCUUGCAGGAGAUCCGCACCAUCAACAACCAACGCAGCCGAAAACGCCGAGAGUUGCGCACGUACCUUCACUCGCAAUCUGCGCCAACGGAGCUUGUGAUGCGAAUAAUGAGCUUUGCAGAUUACAAACUGGAUCGUCAUUCGCCCGUGUCCUAUGACAUUGACCUGAUCUCACCACUCCUGGUGGCAGAGCUGGCGGUGUGGCAAAAGGGCCAUUUGAUGCGUGGCCAUCCGCUCUUCUCGCUCACCAGUGAAGCAUUUCCCAAAGUCUUCGCCGACAUUUGUGGUGCCUUACACAAGGAACUAUACUAUGAAGGCGAAUCUGCCUUCCUUGCUGGUUUACUGGCGGAGUCGAUGUACAUCACCAGCCAUGGCUCCUUUGUGCUCUACGACUCCCAUGGUCAGGAGAUGGAGAAAUUCAGCAACGACCGGCAGUUCUUUUCUGAGGUGGCCUUGUAUGUCGACACUGUCAUGCACAAUUGCACCUUGAGCAUUGAAACCUUCGCGGAAGUCUAUAGCUUGUCGGGCAAAAGUAUCACCAGCAUACUGCUGCACUCGCCAAUUUGCGCCAGCAUGUUUGUGGAGUAUGCCAAGGAAUUCAUUGCCAUCUACUCCCGCACGGCGAUAGCACACCAUCAAUCCCUCCUUAGCUCGCGUGCAGCCACAAUGUCUAAGAAGAACUCAAUCAAUUCCUGGCAAGUGGACAUGAAAUGUGCAAAGGGAGCAUUGAAGAGCAACUCCUUCUACAUGGAUAUGAACCUGAAAGAAAACAAGGUGCUCAAAAAUGUGUCAUUAGAGGAUUUGAAGAAGAGGGGGAAGAAACAGGAGAAAGAGGAUGAUGCUUCAAGUCCCAGGAUGUUGCUUUGCGACGAGGAUUCUGAGGGCACUGCGGAAGAGUACCACAACUGGCCGGAGGGUUCACAUAUGCAUCACGAAAUGUUCCACCACCAGGACACCUCCGUGACAGAUCCAGCGAAUUCGUUGGUGAAGGCAUUGCUUCAGGGCCAAUCCUUCACAGCUGAACAGCUGCAAGAGGCCUUCGUCGAACUUCAUCCGAGAUAUGGUUUGCAUACCAUGUACUCGUUUGAGCAGGAACACGAGAAGGCAGUUUGCGCGUGUUUCUGCUUGGCUGCACUGGUGACUGACGACUACGACAGCUUCACUGAGCCUCAACAGGACUGGCUGAGUGCGGUUCGGUUCUGGCGCUUCCCCGACACAGUUUCGCCGGAGGAGACUGCCAAACUGCAUCCGAGCCAGUGGCAAGAGCUCCGCAACAUCCUGAAAUGGGCCGAUCCGACGGAGGACGUUUUAGAAGCGGCCUUUUUUCUACUUGCUGUUCGAAGCCUGGGAAAGUGCAGGGCUGUGACAAGGCAGCUGCCGAGAGAGGCUCAGAAGCCGGAAGAGGCAUUGUUGUACAUCAUGGAUGCUGCCCUCCCCCUUUUCAUCGCCACUUCUCCUGGAACAAUCAGCGUGCUCUUAGUCCGUGAUUCCACAUUCCACAUGAUUGCGCAGCACCGAAAACCACCCCAAUGUUGUACCUUCCUUCGCACGUCUAAGCGUGGCCGGGCAAGACUUGGUCUGCCUUGCCGUGGAACUACAGCAGGGCUUCAGUUUCCCGCAGAUGUUGCAGGGUGA